UUUACCUGGAAAACAAAAAUGCUGUUGACUAUUUUUUUUGAUAAGCUUAAUUCACGCCUUUAAGUUAUAAAAAGUGCUUUAAUUUCCACUAAAUAUAAAGUAUUUAAACUUUAAUCAUUUCAUUUUCUUUUUCUUUCCAUUGGUUUGUUUUCAAUGAACUUCUCAGAUCUUAUAUUUGACUUUUAUUUGUCUGCAGGGCUCAGUCGCUCAUUAAACUAGUUACACUUGACUAGGAGCGCUGAAGGUGUGCAUUGCAAUAGCAGUAACUAUAAGUAAGGAUUUAACCUGUAUUGUGUUCUCACUCAUAUAAAUGUGUGCUCGGUUUGCCUCUAAGACGUCAAUAAUCCAGUUAUUCUGCAUGGUGGCUCUCACUUUGAUAUGUACGACCUAAAAAUGAACUCCUAGCAUGUCAGACUGCUGGGCAAAUAGUGCAAAGUGCCCAUAAGAAGGUUAUUCAGCUAAAGAUGGUUUUCUUAGAUUUUCCACACAAGUAUACAACAUCUGCCGACAUCAGGUGAUUCUCAAACUAAUGAGCAACACUCAUAUUAACAGCUGGAUAUCUCAAAAUAAGAGGGAAAUAUUUGUUGCUGCUCCAAAAAGUCAAGAACAAAAAAAAUUGUUCCUAUUUGUUGUCCUUGAAACACAGUGAUCAAAACAGGAAUCUUGGCUGAAAAAAUCAAAAUGUAUUUGCUUAUGUGAGUUUUGUGGAAUUUAUUUUGUUUUUUCAGGGGAAAACAAAUCGCACUGAUGUAGUCAGAAAGCCUCAGUUAUCAAAUAUGAUACCCUCGGCAUUAAGAGUUUAAGUGUGUUGUAUUUUAUUUUUAUAUAUACUUUUAUAUUGCUUUUUUAAAUUGCCUUGAGGCAUCAUUGUGAGCCUAUGUUUUUAUCUUUAUAUUAAACAACAUUGACAUUAUCUGUAAUUAAAUGUGCUAUUUAAGUAAAACUGACAUUGGCAUAUCUGAUGGGAACAUUUUCCAUGGGAUACACUCACUUUAAAGUAAUAACGAUGCCCUUUUGAAGGUAUAAAAUAUGUAAACGUUUUUUGCUUUGUCUCAAAACCUUUCUAAAUGUUUGCUAACAUUUUGGUCAUAGCAAUUAUAAAAAUAGUGUUGCUUCCAAAGAGGCCAAAUGCUAAACGAAUGCAGCAGUUUCCUUCUGACCUUCUUCCCGGUGCAGCUCUGCUCUCUGUAAUGGGGAAUGGGCUGGUGCUGGUGAUCUGUUACCUCAGGAGGAAGAAGAUGGUGGGCUCGGAGCUGCUGUGCGUCAACCUGGCUGUUGUCGACUUCCUCAGCUGCAUCUGCUUCUACCCGCUCGCCAUCUUGUCCUCCUUCCACCACGCCUGGCUGGGAGAAAACAUCACGUGCGUUUACUACGGCUUCGGCUGCUACAUUUUCGGCUUGUGCGGCAUGUUCACCAUCACUGCCAUCAGCAUCAUCCGCUACCUAAAGACCUGCUACAGCUUGGCUUACGCUGUGUGGCUGAAAGGAACCAACAUCCGCCUCUUGUGCUGUGCUAUCUGGCUGGUUGCUACAGUGUGGUCCAGCUUCCCUCUGUUCGGCUGGGGCGAGUACGUCCCCGAGCCUUACGGACUGUCCUGCACAAUCGCCUGGCGGGGUUAUCACACCUCUGCCAAGGAUGCCUUCUAUGUCAUCUGCUCCUUUGCCUGCUUCACGCUGGUUCCCGUCCUCCUCAUUGUGGUGUCGCAGUGCAGGAUCCUCUACAAGGUGUCCCGCUUCUCCUACUUGCUGUCUGCUAGGGGCAUCCGCAACAACCUGCGCCGCGCUGAGAAGCGGCUCUCCAUGAUGUUUUUCUGCAUCAGUUUGGGUUUUGUAAUUGCCUGGGCUCCCUACGCUGUCGUGUCCUUCCUUUUCAUUUUCCACAAGGAGCACCGGUACAUGGCUCCGGAGGGUUUCGUGUUUCCCGCCCUCUUCGCCAAAAGCUCCCACAUCUACAACCCAUUCAUCUACUUCUACUUCAACAAGACUUUCCAGCGGGAGCUCCACCGGCUGCUUCUCUCAACCUACCACAAGCUGGGAGGAAACCGAGUUGGGGUCCACGUUACCACAGCCCAUCAGGCCCCAAACCCCAUCCAUAUUCAGCUCCAGGAACAAGGAUCCAGCCAAAAGAAUAAAUUGGGCUCGUCUCAGGAUGGAACUCAAAGCAAACAUAAACGCAAAGUACUGCAGAGCAGCAACAACCACGACAGGCUGGUGUACACCUGCUGGGGCUCCACAUCGAAGAAAGCCUCCACCAUCUCCAAUAAUAAACCUGCCAGGGCCUCCAUGCCUAUCUCUAUAUAAACAAAUUAAUUAAUUAAUUAAACAACCAUUAGUCUAACCCACGUGGGCCAGGGUACCACGUAGUGUUGCAUUUGAGUUCACUGAGAUGAGCAGUUCACAUAUUUGGGCUAAUUCUGUGUUGCCAGUGUUUCCCCUGCAGUGGCCGCAGCCUGCACCACUCUGUGUGUGUUGGGGAAGUUUUACAGUAAGAAACUUUUACCAAAUGUCAUCAUCUAUGUGGUCUUAACUGAUCGUAAAGAAAGCUGAAGAGGUAAAAACCACAUCAAAACUGUACAGAUAUUUUAGUUUUUUGCUAUUUUGUCUCGUUUCUUGACUCGUGUUGUUUGGAUGAGCAGCUCUUGAGAAAAGCUGCGACCAGUCUGCCCGUUCUGCACGACUACGUUUUGAACACACACUCACACACAAUCAGUGAAUGUAUCUUUGUCGCUGUCCUCUUUUUCAAACAAUAACUUGCCUGCAUGUGAUACGUUUGCAGGCUCUGUACUGCAUUUGCUGAUUUUGUAACUUAUGCGUGAGACUGUGAGAACGUAUUUCGACCAGUGUGUGUCCAAAUACUUCGACUCAGAGGUGCAUGUGAGGACUGUUCACAGGCGUCAGACGAACUGGAAUUCAGCUUGACACUGGAAUUUCAUUUUUUAAAACGAGACUUGCAGUCUUUGAACAUUUAUGUAAUUUGGACAUUUCAGUGUUUCAUUUUUAAUAAACUUAUAAAACAACUCAAAAC